AUGGUAAAGGGAGGGAAGGUUAGUAGCAAAGGUAGUUUCAGGAAAAGGGUUAGGUCAAAGGGGGGUGGUUCCGAUGAUUCCGAUGAGGAUUAUGUGGUUUCGGAUGAUGCCGGGAAUGUGUCUGAUUGUCCUGAGGAUGAUUGUUUUUCUUUAGAUGGAUGUGCGCCUGAGGAUAGUUUUGAUGGUUUUAUAGAAGAUGAGGAUGCCGAAGUGGAGAUUCGACGGGUGACGAAAUUUAAUAGAUCGAGGGCUAAAACGGGUGUAAGGCGUCAGGGGAAGAAUGUAAGUAAAACCGCGCGGAAGAGACAGAGGAUUACGUAUGCAGAAGAAAUAGAUGAGGAAGAAGAAGAAGAAGAAGAAGAUGAAGAAGUAGAAGAAGAAGAUGAUGAUGAUUAUAAUGAAGAAGAGGAGGAAGAAGAAGAUGAAGAAAAAGAAGUGGAAGAGGUAGAAGAAGAAGAAAAAGAAGAACUGGAAGAGGUAGAAGAAGAAGAAAAAGAACUGGAUGAGGUAGAAGAAGUGGAAGAGGUAGAGGUAGAUGGAAAUGACGAGGAUGAGGAUUUCAAUUAUGAUGAUGAUGAAUUUAUACCGGAGGAAGAAGAUUACACGGAUGAAGAGGAAGAAGAAAUAAGGGGGAGGAAGGAGAAAAAGGAGGAUUUUAGUUAUGAAGAUGAAGAAUUUAUACCGAUGGAAGAAGAAAGAAAGGGAAGGAAGAAGAAAAAGGAGGAUUUCAAUUAUGAAGAUGAAGAAUUUAUACCGACGGAAGAAGAUUACACGGAUGAGGAGGAAGAAGAAACAAGGGGUAUAACGAAGAAAAACAAUGGCAGUAAAAUGGUCAAGAAGACGACUUUGAAGAAAAGGGUUUCUGCAGCUUCUAGCAGAGGUCGUAAAAGGAGUGGCUCUAGAGUUUCAAAGAAGCCGAAGAGAAAGAGAAGAAGAAAGAGUGGAGGAUCAAGGAGGAAAGUAAAGUGUGAUGAUGAUGAUGCAGACGAUUUAUUUGACAAUGGCUCCGCCAUCAGAACAAAUGGCAGAAAGAAAUCAGGCCAUAAAAGGAGAAGGGUUCUCCUUGAAGAUGCCAAUUCCGGUUCUGAUUGUGAGACUAGACAAUCUGAUUAUGAGUUUACUAUCUCUGAAGAAGAAAAAGAACAGGUGAGAGAAGCCAUGGAGUUGUGCGGAAAUAUAAGAAGGAACUUGAGGAGAGCUUCUCUUCGAAUGAAAAAUGAAGAGGUUGGAAUACACGAAGAUCUACAUCAGCAACGGAAGCCUCCAGCACAGAAGGGUAAGGAAAAGAUAGAGGAACCUCAAGGAAGAAAGGGUAAGGAAAAAGUCGAGGAGUUAAAAAUUGAGGCGACAAAGCAGGUCUGUGGAAUUUGUCUGUCUGAGGAAAAUAAAAGAAGAGUAAGGGGAAUACUAAACAGCUGCACUCACUAUUUUUGCUUUGCUUGCAUUAUGGAGUGGUCAAAGGUUGAAUCUCGCUGCCCUCUGUGUAAGCAAAGAUUCAAAACAAUCAGUAAGCCCGUACGAUCAACAACAGCGCAAGAAGCAGUGAUACAAGUGCCCGAGCGUGAUCAGGUUUAUCAGCCAACUGAAGAAGAACUCAGGAGUUACAUUGAUCCGUACGAGUCCGUUAUAUGUUCAGAGUGCAAUCUAGGUGGAGAUGAUGGCCUCAUGCUACUCUGUGAUAUAUGUGAUUCUCCGGCACACACUUAUUGUGUUGGUUUGGGAAGAGAAGUACCUGAAGGUAAUUGGUACUGUGAUGGUUGUAGACCAGUUGCUUUGGCAUCUUUAAACUCCCAAGCUCAAGAACGUUCUGCUGAUAUAAGAGAUACUACCCAAAGUCAGCCUUCCAGACCAUCACCUGUUCAUAUACGAGAAAGUAUAGACCUGAACUUGAUGUCAUCAUCACCGUAUACAUCUUUUGGUCAAGGGUUUGGGCAUCUUUCAUCCUUUAGAUUUUCAGGCAGAAGUGCCGAAGGAGGUUCGCCGAUGUCUGGUGGUGGGGCACCAACUGUAUCAGAGAGACGACGGAUACACCGUCAAAUUCAGCAGCUACGAUCAAUGGAUAGAAUGACUUCUACAACCGGCAGAAUUAAUGGUGUUUCAGCUACCAGUACGAUAAGUAACUUGCAUAGCUCGGAAAUCGAUCAAAGUAGGGAACCGACUUCUCAAUAUACAAUGACACAGGAUGUAGGAACAUCCUAUCACACAUUUUUUGAGGAGAGAUUAAGCAACAACGUCUCUCCAUUAAUGCAGAAUGGAGAUCAUUUCUCCACAAGAAUAAACAAUUCAAGAAGGUCAUUACUUCCGGAUUCAACCAUGUUUUCCAACGCGACUAUGAAUGCGGUUAUAUGGCCUGGAUUUUCGGGGACACGCACGUUAUCAGAUAUUGAACCAAUCCACCCGUUCAGCAGCAGAUCAAACAUUGUCACCGAGCGUAGUAGUAUUCCUCCGACUAUCAUAGAAGAAGAUAAUUUGCACAUUGUAAAGGAGCAGUUGCAGUCGAUGGUUAAAAGCCAUCUCAAGAGAUUGUCUCAAGAUACCGAUUUAGAUUAUAGUACAUUCAAAGACAUUGCAAGGAGUUCUACGCAUACAAUACUCGCUGCUUGUGGACUCGAGCACAAGACAAGCGAGGUUUGUACGGCGCCUCCACCAUCCGUAUGUCCCCAUGUUGAAUUAAUUGCUGGCGGACAAACGAGUAUGAUUAAAGGCUGCUGCUCCUCUUGUUUUGAUUCUUUUGUAGGCAAUGUGGUUAAAAGGAUUUUGGACACAAGAAUGUCUUCACAGUGGUUAAGAUUAGGAAUUUAG